AUGAAGUCUCCGAUAGCUCCCAUACUUCUCGAGCCCCAUCUCGGCGAACUUCCAGGAAGUUCACGAAGGAUUUCUCGCAAUGAUGCAGCUACCGGAGCAUCUGCCGCAGGCGUUCGUGCUCUCAGUGCACAGAUGGUGGCCUUCUAUUUCAGGGCACCAAUCAAAGCUUUCUUUCGUAUGCGUGUCGAUUAUAUGGCAUUUGCAAGAGCUGUGAACCCCCGUGUUGCCGAAGGCAAGUGGUCUCUGCACACAACAACCCCGGGAUUAUUGCUCCACGCCGUUCGGACAUACGGAUGGCGGUUUAUCCCGAAUCAAGUGCUCCCACCCUUGCUGGCAAAUGCAGGGGUUGGUGCUGUUCUCUACACAUCCUAUCUCCAGGUUUUAGGAGCCCUACAUGAACCUGUGUCCCAAGGGGUCAAGCGAGUCUGGCCCCCCGCUCCUCCUUCUGCAACAUUUGCAGCUGGAUUCACAGCCGGCACAAUUCAGUCGAUUGUAGCUGCGCCUCUGGACGCGCUACAGGUUCGGUUUCAAACCAGCGACAUGCUGGAGGGCCAGUACCGGAGUAUGUGGCAUUAUGGCCACCAUAAGCUCAAACAGAUUGGUCUCCGGGGGAUCUUUGCAGGCUGGAGCCUGUCAUUUAUGCGGGAUUCACUCGGUUAUGCGGUGUUCUUCUCCUCAUUUGAAUACAUCAAGUCCCAGUCCUACUAUUCCUUCGUCACUUGGUAUUAUGGCUCCCUGCAAGUCGAUCAUGUGGACAAGCUUUCAUCGUCCGAGUCUAGUGAUCGCGGGGUCCCACUCAUCAAGCCCCACUAUGCAUUGGAGCCAUGUUUCUUGAUGAUGGCUGGUGUUGUGGCAUCCAUCACUCAGCAAACUAUUCAGCAUCCUCUUAGUAGGAUUCAAGAUCUCCACCUGGGCCGAUUGGAAUAUUUGGAUCACCAGGCCAGUUUGAUACCCUCGCGACAGAAGAUGAUUCGAUUAUACUACCACGCCUAUCAAGAGACCUUUAAGAGGUGCAAACGGAAGGCUGUGCGGGCUGGAGGUUGGCGCUCCUGGUUGUUCCGUGGAUUUAUCGGGAGCUCUCUUCGUCAAGUACCUAGUACCAGUGCGGGCCUGAUUAUUUUUGAAUUGGUGCGCCGACGGUCGACCCAUUCGGCAUUAUUGGAGUCCAACGAGAAGGGUAGUCGACGAUCUUCCCACUCGUCUGCUCGCUCGGUCGGGUCUGACUCCUCAAUCUGGUCAGACACCGGUGACCUCGCCGAGCAGUUCGCCGAGACUGAAGAUCCGCUGCAGACUCACCUUCGCGAUUCCUCAGAUCGACGGCUCUUGCGUCGAAAAGACCGAAGGAAGCAGCCCAAGCACGUGCACUAUUCUUCAAACCCGAGCAACGAGCUUUCCGGUGUCGAUAUUGAAAAGAUCAGAAUACCAUCCCCUUCCCCGCGGCAUAUUUCGAGAGCUGAACGUGUUCUGGCCGCCAUAAUGACACCCAGAAGUGAACCGAGCGCCCAGAUGCACGGUCUGGUCGGAAAACCAUUACUUUACUUCACAAGUGUGUUUGUAUCGCUAGGUGUCUUCCUUUUUGGCUAUGACCAGGGUGUAAUGUCUGGCAUCAUAACUGGCUGGUACUUCAAAGAUUACUUCAACCAGCCUUCUCGGGCUACGAUCGGUACUGUGGUUGCAGUUCUCGAAAUUGGAGCAUUCAUAUCCUCGCUCCUUGUGGGGCGUGUCGGUGAUAUGAUCGGUCGUCGAAGGACUAUACUCUAUGGCUCCAUUGUGUUCUUCAUCGGUGGUGCUUUUCAAGCAUUUGCCACAGGUAUUCCUAUGAUGAUAGUCGGUCGUGUCAUUGCUGGUCUAGGCGUUGGUGCCCUAUCUACCAUUGUGCCAGUUUACCAGUCUGAAAUCUCGCCUCCCCAUAACCGUGGAAAGCUCGCAUGCAUCGAAUUCACCGGCAAUAUUGCUGGUGACUACUCCUGGCGCCUCCCUCUCCUUUUCCAGUGUAUCAUGGGUGCCUUGCUCGGGGUAGGCAGUUUGCUGAUAUGUGAAUCACCUAGGUGGCUUCUUGAUAAUGACCAUGACGAGGAGGGUAUGGUGGUGAUCGCGAAUCUUUAUGGCGAAGGAGAUCUCCUCAAUGACAAGGCCCGCCAAGAAUAUCGUGAGAUCAAGAUGAACGUCCUCGUCCAGCGACAGGAGGGCGAGCGAUCCUACUCCGACAUGUUCCGCCGGUAUCGCAAACGUGUUUUGAUUGCCAUGUCGGCCCAGGCCCUAGCUCAACUCAAUGGGAUUAACGUAAUCUCAUACUAUGCGCCUCUUGUGUUUGAAUCGGCCGGCUGGGUUGGACGAGAUGCCAUCCUUAUGACUGGAAUCAAUGGCAUUUCAUACUUGCUAUCUACAAUACCACCAUGGUAUCUCGUGGAUGGCUGGGGUCGGCGACCGAUCCUACUUUCGGGUGCUGUUGCCAUGCUCAUUUCCCUUUCUCUUAUUUCCUACUUUAUUUACAUUGAAAUCCCCGCCACCCCAACCCUGACGGUAAUCUUCGUUAUGCUCUAUAACGCAGCUUUCGGGGCAUCUUGGGGUCCUAUUCCAUGGUUAUACCCACCGGAGAUCUUGCCUUUGAGUAUUCGUGCCAAAGGUGCAAGCUUGAGCACCGCUUCAAAUUGGGCAUUCAAUUGGCUGGUGGGUGAAGUGACCCCUGUUCUUCAGGAAGUUAUCAAGUGGCGACUAUACCUAGUUCAUGCAUUCUUUUGUGCAUGCAGUUUUGUGCUUGUUUACUUUUUGUACCCCGAAACGAGUGGGGUUCGCCUGGAAGAUAUGAACGUUCUUUUUGGCGAUGCUACCACCGCCAUGCCGACGCCCGCCACCCAGGGAGAACGCGGGUCGUUAAUGGGUGCUGGCUCACCCGUCCCAUCGCUUGACCUACGCCGGCAGUAUGGUCAAUUUGGGGCAGAGAGUUCUAUCCCUGGCCUUGAUAUUGAUCCGCCAGUUUCAGGUCAUGAAGGAACUAGCAAACGCGGACUCUCAGGUUCUCAUCAGGGCAGUGUUCGCGGUGAAGGAAUUGGUGGCUGGAUCUCAAGCAUGGUCAAUCGAAACCGAGGAGCGGGCCACGAUGCUACCAGCAGUCAAUAUAGACGUUUGGAGCAAGGAGAAGGAGAGGAGCAAUGA